AUGGUGUAUGCAAGGGAUCUCUCGAUCUCUUGGGCUGAAGACGAUCGUAACUGGCUCUGGCCCUCCCUGCAAGAAACCAGUGGUGUCGUCAUUGAUGCUGCCGAAAUGAUUAAUGAAUGUUGGCUAGAAGUGCAUGGACAAUUUGAGACUACAAAGCUGUCACCAGGAACUCUGUAUGAAGUUGCGUUUGUGGUCAAGUUGAAAGCUUCAGCUGAUGGAUGGGAUGUUCCAGUGAAUGUCAGUCUCACUCUUCCAGAUGGCAGCAAACAAUGGCAUGAAGUUAAGUUGAAGGAAAUCCCAAGAGAGCAAUGGAAAGAGAUUUUGGUUGGCGAGUUUAGAGCAUCACCCGAAAUACCUGGGGACAUGGAGUUUUCGAUGUAUGAAUAUGAUAGUGGGAAAUGGAAUAGAGGACUUGUUAUCAAGGGUGUUAUCAUUCGGCCUAAAAAUUAA